AUCACGUUCCUCAAAUAUUCGGAAUGUUUUGUUAGCGAUUUAAAUCAGUGUUCUUCAUAAGAUUUAUUCAAUUAGAACUAAACAUCUAUCUAUUUUAUUAUGGAUACAAUACUGAAAAAAUGAAAGCUUCAAAGCGUACUUGUGGCACACAAUGAAAAAAAUCACGGAGAAACAACUUGUGGAAGUAGUUGUUUCGCCGUGAUUUUUUUCAUUGUAUUUCUCGCCUGUGUCUCAUUUCAAAGCUUUAUGGUAACUGAAAUCGACUGUUAAAUAUGUACAUCGUGAGGUUUUCUAUUACUUGCACCAUCAUCAGCACAUUCAUCAUCGCUGACAUUCUAGAAGACACUGGAAAAUCGGUUUCAAACUUUCCUGACCUCGCCAAAUCGAACCGAUUCGUAGACAAGACGAUGUUCAUCAAGUGGUUUGCAGAACAGAAUCAGUCAUUAUACAUCACGGCCCCAAAGCGGUUUGGCAAAUCCACAAAUUUAGACAUGCUCCAACGAUUCUUCGAGAUACCCAUCGACAAAGAUGGAAACCCUAUCAACACAGAAAACUCGGACAACUACAAAUUAUUCAGCCAGGUUUACUUUUUCAAUCGCUCUCAUUUGGCAAUCUUCAGGGAAUCCGCAUUCUUCAAGGCCAACUUCGGAAAAUGGCCAGUUCUGAAAUUAAAUUUUACUUACAUAGAAACGAGUACUUUCAACCGCUUCCUAAGAUCCGUCGCCCUCACACUUCGCAGAGCCUUUGGGAGCUCACAUUUUCUGCAGACCUCAAAGGUCCUGACCAAUGAGACUUGCUCCUUCAUGGAGCAAGUAUUAAGCAAUCACACAACUCCUCAGAAUGAGCAGGAGGCUGUGCAGUUCGUCCUGCGAUCGAAAUGCGCCCUGGAGAUGCAUUUCAACAAGACGUCUUUGGUGCUGAUUGACGGAUUAGACUCUCCUCUCCAAGCUAUGCUUGCCACUCACAGUUUCGGCAGAGACCAGAGAGCUAUAAUGUACUGUUUGCAGAAUUUAAUAAAAAGGAUAUUUCAAGACAAUAAUCGUGCUCUCUGUUUGGGCAGCCUGCCUUUAGCUGGUGUUUUCGAUUUCAAAAAAAUUAACAUGCGCCAAAUUUCCUUCCACUCGAACCCAAUAGUAGCCUCUUUUUUCGGUUCGACGAAACAAGAAGCUGAGUUUCUGCUACAACAGUGCUCACCGAGUGUCAACAUAAAAAUAGCCAAAUCGCUUUUUGGUGGCCACGAAGUUUCUGGUGAAGCUGAGGAGACUAAUGCCACAUCUGUCAAUCUCUUUUGUACUUACGCUGUCCGUAGUUACUGCCGCACAGGCCAGGUAGCGCCGCAUUCGAGCGAACUCUCUUUUCCACUUCUUGACAAUCUGUUCAAAAUAACAGAUCUCACGUCAGCAAUACUUGAUUUGUUGACUGGUUACUCCUAUGAUAUGCCUUACAGAAAAGCUCCCAAAUUAGUGGAUUAUAUGAAACUAGAGGCUUUUAUCAACAAAGCCAAAAUGAGUGAGGGAGAGUUGCCAACAGUGCCCAGACUCGUAGUAGACUUUAUGAUGCAGCUCCUUUUAGAUUUCGGAUAUUUCUCUGUUAGAAACACGACUGCAAGUGCCGUCACUCUAACUAUACCGAAUCUUGAAGUAGAACAAGGAGUGGCAAAUUGCAUGCACAGUUGGGUAAGCCGUUUUUACAACAUUGAAAUCAACACGACCGAGGCUUACAUUAAGUCCGCUAAAGCUCUAAGUCGAAGCACAGAAAGUCAACAAAAUUUCGUCAACAGUGUUGCAGCAUUGUUCAGCAAGACAGCUGAGGAGCCAUGCCAUCAGAGGUCGCUCGUUACUCCAAUCUCGCUGUUCCUUAUUAGCCCAAAGAGUAAUUUUGUGGUGAUUCCGACUAUUCAUAAAAGUUCGACUCUGUUCAUUUCUCGGACUAUGUUAGGUAGAAAGACCGGCAUUGUGAUAACAGUUGCAUAUGACCGAGGGGCAAAAAUAGCAUCCAGAGAAAUUAUGAUGGAUGAAAUUACAUCGUUUUUAGAUAAUUUGAGGGUAGGAUUCACGGGAGAAGUUGAUUUUGUUAUCGGACGACUUGACUUCACGCCAUAUGUUUUAUGGUCAGCGUUGACGUACAAUAAUACGGAUGAAAAUGCAGUUAAUGAAUAUUCAUGUACUAUUCGAAAGUCCAAAAUUGAAGGAAAUGACAAAAGACCGUGGAAAGUUUUGAAGAAAGCGUGGCAAUGGACGAGAAUGUUGGGAUAAACUCGUUUUAGGCAGGUCUUACACAUUAGUAAGAUACUCAGAUCACCUACAUGUACAAUUGCACAAAUAAUAUAAUUGAUCACAUAACAUCUCUAGUAAGUCUCAAUUGAAUGAAACCUUUAAUAUUCUUAAAUAUUUCGAACAUCGACCUUUUUUUAUUUACUCCUUUUCCAUUUGUGUCACCCCGAAGUAUUAUUCUUAGUGUAAAAGAGAGUAAAUAGCUUUAUUGUUUAAUUCCUUAACAUAUUUCUUUGUUUUUGUAUUUUUCUAAGUGUACGUUCAAACUUUCUUUUUGUAUUUGUUUUGCCUUGAGAUAUACCGAAUGUAUAUUUGAUACUCAAUGAUAAAAAAAUACAAUAAAAUUCGAAAUUAAAUGUCAUGUUUAAACACA